AUGGAGAAGGUAGCCCCCUCGUGGAGCAAAAUUACACAAAAUCCAAAGCGGGCAGUUGAAAACAAGCCUUCAUUCAAACCACGAUCGAUGGAGUCGUUGUCUGGUCUAGGUUUAAGCCUGCACACAUUUAUCCUAGCAACUCAGGACUUGAGACCCCAACCGGUGAGUGAUGUCCAAGUUCUGCCCUUUAUCUAUCCUGAUAUUCAAGAAGAGAGAAUAGCUGAAGAAAAGGGCAAAGAGCAAAUACCUCUUCAAGAAAUGAAUCAUAAGAAUGAAGUCUGGGAAGAACAGCUGCAAGCUAUGCAAAAAGCAAACAUGUUUGGUUCGUCGGAUGCUUUCAAUUCUUGUCUGAUGUCGAAUUUGAUCUUACCCCCAAAGCUCAAAGUCCCAAAUUUUACGAUGUUUAGUGGGUCCGAAUGUCCACUAGCUCACUUGGGGAUGUACUUACAGAAGAUGGUUGCGCAUUGUGGUGAUGACGAUAUGCUUAUCCAGUAUUUCCAAGAUAGCUUGACUGGGGAAGCCCUAAGAUGGUAUAACCGAGUAAAAAUCCGCACAUGGGAGGAUUUAACUCGCGCCUUUAUCGCUCAGUACAACAAUGAUAUAGCUUCAGACAAGCAGACUUUACGAAAUGUGGAGAAGAAGGCAAGUAAGUACUCUCAUGAUCAAGAAGAAAUGACAACACAGAGUUAUCCUCGGGUGGAAAAAGGAAAAACAGUUUGUUUAUGUGAUGGCUUUGUCAAAGAUCAAGGUGUUGACAACCAAAUUAGAGGCAUUUCUCAAAAUUUGGCUUACUUAAGGAUCACCAGAAAGCAGGUUAAGGAAGCAUUCAAAAUAAAAGGAGUGCAAUAUACAAGGCCAAGACAAAGUUCUUCAAAAGGGGUUGAAAAAAAGGAAAGAAAGGUGGGCAAGUAA